AUCAUAGAUACUACAUUGCUGUAUGUGGUUGCGUUUAAACGUGCAAUAUGUAAGAAUAUUUUUGUAAGGCGUUGCCCAACACCAGUGAUAAAAAUAAUAAUUAAUAAUAAUAAUUCUCAAAAGCGUUUUAAAACAGGAAAUUGAUUCUAGGUCAGGUGGCAGCAGACGCACAACUACUUAGAUGAGCUUUAAGAAUGACAAGAAUGAUCAUAUUUCAAAUUUAACACAAGUAAUAUUAGCUCAUUAGAGGGUCUUGGAGUGCCUUUUAUUUUGUGUUCCCUGACCGGAAGUGCCCUGCAUGUUGCUAGGUAACUUGAGUUGUCCCAAGUUGAGCAGAGCGGCGCUGCUGCGGCUGCAGGACAGACAGAGCGGAGCAGAGAGGAGGAGAAAGUGCCUCAUGUGCCGGUCUGGUCCACUCUCUGACGGAGACGCUUCAUUACAACCUGCUGGCGUUUAAAAAAAAAAGAAAAAAAGAAAGAAAGCACACUCGUCUAUUUUUUUCGGGGCCACUUUCCAACGAGCGAGGCGGACUGAAGAGGGGAAAGUGUUGGGACUGGAUGAAGGCGGCGACAGGAGCUCCUCUGAGUGGUCUGGUCCUCCCCGGGUGUCUGACAGAGGAGGGGAGGUUGUCUGAUCCGAGCCCCCCUGCGGGACGUGAGCCGACGUGAAAGGAAGGUGAAGGGGAAAAAAAGUGACCGAGGAGAGCAGGAAUGAUAUCUACAGGAAUUUCUUCAUCUCCUCUCUGAUUUUAAUCUUCUUCUCUCUCUUUUUUUUUUUUUUUUUAAGGGGAUUGGGGUUGAGCUUUUCUGCAUCACCCUUUCAGAUAAUAUAAAUUCCACCCUCCACUUCCACCACACCUUAAAAAAAAGAGUAGUUGUGAAAACUUACUAUGGGAUGUCGGUGUGUUCUUAAACCAUUUUAAGAUUUAUUUUAAUAGUAACACUUUUUUUCUGAUCUGAUUUGACGCGACUGAGAGCUUGAACAUGGCCAUCAACACGGACACCGACUUCCUGAAGUCCAACUUGGGUGAGGGUGGAGGAGGCGCUCCGCCCGCGGACGCCCAGGAGACGGAGAAACUCCUGGCGCUGACCGCCGAGCCCGGAGGCAACGGGGUGAAGAUGACCACCUCCUUGUCCUCCUCCUUCGCGGUCAACAUGGACAGCGACAAGGGCCCGGAGGCCGACCAGAACGGCCACAGCGUCGCCCUGAGGUCGGGCUCCGCCGGGCAGCUGGCCGCCGCCGCCCCCCUCUCCCCCUCCAAGGUGAGUCUGAGCCGCUCCUCCACCGGGAACGCUACCGUCCAGGAGACCCCGAAGCCCAAGGAUUACCUCAUCCUCGUCAUCCUGUCCUGCUUCUGCCCCGUCUGGCCCGUCAGCAUCGUCGCACUGGUUUACUCCAUCAUGUCCAGAAACAGUCUCCAGGUUGGGGACAUCGACGGGGCCAGGAGGCUCGGCCGACUGGCUCGCCUGCUCAGCAUCGUCUCUAUCGUCCUGGGCGUUGUCGUCAUCGUCGUCUACGUCUCAGUUUCAGCAAGCAAAUGACACGAAGGAGCCGAGAGAGGAACGUGAACCGUCAAAACCAAACAACGGGUGAAGGAGGAAAGAAAAAAAAAAGCCUAUUCCAAAAUAAAUAAACAAAUGAGUAGUACGAUUCUUGAGUUUAUGCUGUAUGGUAAUCAAGUCGUGACCACCCUCAGAAUGCGAAAAAAAAAAGAUAAGUAACUAGUGAGAGUAGGCACCGCAGCAAGUAAACAAAUGAAAAAAAUCCUUCAGAGAUGCAUGCAUUAGAAUCCAGUAACAUUUGCUUGACAAAAAAAAAAACCUGAUGUAGAAUUGUUCAGGUGAAAACAGAGGAAAAAGUAAAUGCAGAUAUGUGUAUGGUCAGGAGGACUCAUAAAUGUCUCCUUUUGGAAUAAUGGACUUCUUGAAACGAAGAGGAGGAUCAACGCGUGAGGACAGCGGACGACUGCAAUGGGGCUCCUAUGGGAAGAAGAAGAAGAAGAACAGCCUCUGGGUUUGGACUUCCAUCAGCUGCAUAUAAUCCUCAUAUAUUCCUUACUGAACCUCUUGCAUUCAAAAGCAUAAUACAGCUACAAAUAUAUUUGAAUUAUGGAUAUAUGAAUAUAAAUAUAUAUAGAUGUACAUUUUCUAAAAACGUUUGUAUGCCAAGUGGUGCUGGGUUUGUUAAGACUGUCACAGCGGCUGCUCCGCCAGCGUUAUUAGUAGAGACAAAAAGGGUUUGUGAAAAAGGGGGCAGGGAACACAUUUUUUAAUUUUUGUUAUUUAUUAUUAUUUUUUCAAACUGAACAAAAAAAAAAAAAAAGAGAGAGAGAGACCAACUGCAUGCCCUGAAUGUAGAUUACCAAACUUCUGCCUUCCGUUUUGACUGUUAUUGUCUCUUUUUCUUAUUGAGGAGUCGGGGAGGUGAACUGGUUUUGCACACACGGGAGUGAUUUGUGUACAUUAUGUGAGCCGGGCCACUGUAGAAUGUGGCCUUUGUUGUCUUCAAAAAUCUCUUUGCUGUGUUUUGGCAGAGGCUGAAACGCAUGCCAAACACUCCUACCAUCUUUAAAUUCCUGUAUGUUCCUUUCACACGCUUGAUUCUUUUUCACAAAACCUGCUUUAGUGGCUAUGUCCAUUUUAUCUAUUUCCUUUCGAUAGUAUUGAACUACCUUUCUACGCCAUAGCUCCCCAUUCUUACAUUGUUACACUUGGACUGUUAGAUGCCAUUGUUUCACUGAAUGUUUUCUUGUCCGCUCCUUGUACUGGUAUGAAAAUGUAAUUUAUAUGGGAAAAUAUAUAUGCAAUAUGUACGCAUGCUAUGGGCCAAACGGGCUCACACACAUCUAUUUUUUUGUAAAUGAACAGGCCGGUGAGUUCGCGUUUGACCGAGUAACAAUGGAUAGCAUUUAAAAAUGAUCUUUCUUUCUAGUCCGAGCACGGCAGAUUGAUGACGCGGGACUGUUGUAUUGACACAUUACAGGCUACAAGCACAGGUGACGUCACUGUUAAGACCAUGUGGCGUUGUUUGAAUCCACAGCUGUU